GAAACCUUUACCACAUCUCUCUUUGCUCGAAAAUUGUACUUGUCUGUGAUCAAAACACUUGCAGACAGCCCCGUGCCUCUCUAUUUUACUUUGUCCUACACACCCGCCAAAGUUUCCCAUAGCCACCAUCAACAAAGCCCACCUCAGAUAAGGCUCAGGAAACAGCACAAUACAGCAUAACCCAGCCAGAACAGGCCCUUUCUUUCUCAGCAGUACCAAGGUCUCAAGAUGUUUGCAACCAGAGCACUGCGACAGGCUGCUGCCCACGCUGAGCGUGUCCCUUCUAUCAAAUUUCUCGGAAAGCGCACGAUUCCUUCGGCGGUUGACCACACACCUCAACCUCAUCCUGCUUCACCUUCGAGCUCGCUCCCAGAAGACUUUUCUAGCAAGACCUCCCAUGCCUCCUUCUCCGAAUAUCGCCAGCGCUCCCAGCAGUACGGCCCCCUCCGCAAGACAUGGACCCGCACAGCAGAGACCGGCAUAGGAGCCGCCCCUGCAGCCGCCCUGCCCUCCAUCAACCCGGCUAACGGCGUUUUCUUCGACCGCGACGAGUUGCCCGCCCGCUUUAGACGGAGUGUCUGGUCGGCCGAGGAGAUCGAGGCUAUCGAGAGCGGAGGCGCCUCUGUUGCGGCAUGAGGGCUCCCGGCUCCCCUUGGUUUUCUAUUGUCAGAUUUGGACCGCAUUGGUGGGGCAGAAGAGUGGAUGAAAGAGGGUGGGAUGGCUAGCCUUGGCUCUUUGAUCAUGAGCGAGCGCACGAGCGUUGGUAUGACCAACGAGCUUGCCAUUGGGAUGUCGAGCAGGACCUGAAUGAAACGAUUUGGGACUCCGGUUGAUGCGCGAAGAGGAACGAAGCGUCGCCACGGUUCCAACGCCCCCCCCCCCCUCCGGCCCUUCUUCUUUUCCUCUCUUCAUUAGGUGCUUCAGUGGCGUCAAAAAGUGGUGGUCGACAGAGACGCACAAAAGUUUCCCGAGAGACUGCGCGUAUGUUUCGACGAUUGGUCGACCGGCAGCCCUUCCAGUUUGCAAGAAAGGACGUCGCCUCACGGCAUGUAUGGAUUUUCAUAGGCAGACGCUCUAAGAGCAUCAUUAAAAUUGUACAUUUCACUUCAGCUC